GCAUCUUCUCCCUGCCCAUUAUCCUCAACCAUUCCCCAAAACAGUCAUACGCUUCCCAAAUCCAAACUCGACGAUGUCCAAGCGCCCCAUCAGCCCGUCCGCGGACGACCCUCAAAAAGAAAGCAGAACAGAGCCCCAUCAAUCGAGACUAUGGCCGCCGAUAUCGCAAGAUAGCAGCAAUGAAGCCGUCACCAAGAUCAUCUCUGCUGACGGUGUAGAGCUGUAUGUGCCCGAGCACCUUUUGAGGUCACAUAGUGUCAUGUUCCGAACCCUGCUCAACGAUAUCCCAUCCCCUCCCCCAGGCAGCGACAGCCCCCAUUCUAUCGAAUUCACCGACCCCAAGGUUGAAGGAUACAAGACCUUGCACCUUUUCCUGGCCAUCGUGACUGGCGAAGAUCUGAAAGACGCCGUUGCUCGCGAUCAGGUUGUGAGAGGGCGGGGAGAGACGUUGUUGGCUGUCAUGCGGUUUGCCCUCGCUGGGAAAGGCCUGGACCAAGGAGUGGUAUCGCGUUUGGACAUCUUUGUCAUUGCUGCGCAGAUGGGUCUGCCAGAGAUCGCUGCCAAAGUCUUCGAGGUCUACAAGACAAAAGUUGCCUUGAAGCACCCACCACCCUCUUGGCCUCUUUUCAAGACAAAAGUUGCCUUGAAGCACCCACCACCCUCUUGGCCUCUUUUCGUGUAUCCCCAUGCCGACUUCGACAUAUCCAGCCUCACGCCCGAAGCGUGGGGCUUCAUACCGAGCCAUUAUCUGCAUGCCCUCUAUCAAGCAUCGCCUAGCAAAGACCCUGAUGAUGAUGAGGAAGAAGACUGGUGUAAAUAUUGUGAAACAUUUGGUGAAAGCAAGUGGCUAUCUUCUGUGAGAGCUGUAAAGUUUUUGGAGGAAUUGAAAAAGUGA